CUUUCCUCUUAUUUACGCUUAUUGUGUAUUAAUUUUCUCUCAUUCAGACGAAUUGUCAUAUUGUUGUUAAAAAAUAAUGUUCUUAACAGUAUCUUCAAAAUGCUUUUUUCUUUAUUUUACGAGCAUGACAAGCUCGUGGGUCAAUAUUGUACAUAUCAUGUGAACGCGCACCAGCAUGUCUUGCUACGAUGAUUUGGCAAAACUGUUGGAUUUGGCUGAUUGUUGCUCUAUUUAUUGGUACCUUUGGCUCUCUUACAUUUCUAACUACAAUAAUUUGUGUUUUUGUUUUUAUAAUAAGCAUUUUUGUGGUUUCCUUAGUUUAUUGCAGAAAAACCUGUGCUCAACAAUUUGCCUUGAAAACAGAAUAUCCGGAAGCUCUUUUAAAGUUAAGACGUCAGAAUGAUAGAUAUAAAAUUAAUAAGCUUGAUACAAGACUUACUGGAUCCAGCAUUAUUGAUGAUCCAUUGCAAGAGGUAUUGCAUUAUGCAUUUCGGGAUUAUAUUAGUACUUGGUACCGCAGUAUUUCAAAUAAUGAAGAUUUCCUGUUUAGUUUAAAAGAUCUUGUAAGAAAAGUCAUUGUUGCAUUUUCUGGAAGAUUCAAAGAAGUUGAAUGGGUUCAUUUCUUGACUACAAAAUUAGUGGAUGAUUUUGCUUCUCAUUUACGCCUGUUUAGGCAAGCUCAAUCUAAAUUGAAAGCUUCUCAGAAAAAAGAUCCUGCUUCUACUAUAAAUUUGUUAUCUUUGUUCUUUAAUCUUGAGACUGCUAUGGAAGAUGAUCUGAGUCGUAGUUUAGUUAGUACUAAUAAAAAGUAUGAAUUGGAAUAUUUGCAAGAGCUUUGUGAAGUUAUUAUGUACAUAGUUUUACCUUCAGAAGAUUUUCAAAACCUGAUAUCACGGCUUAUUUUAAGGGAGAUCAUUUUAAAUGCUGCUGUUUUGCCAGUCAUCAAUCUUGUUUCAGAUCCUGAUUAUAUAAAUCAACUUAUUGUUUGGUUGUGUAAAGAAACAGUUGUCACUAGUGAUGGUUUCUUGCUUGUAAUAAGAUGUACAGAUAACAUAAGUGAGCUUCAAGCUGUUCAAGAAAUGGUAAACCAUGAAAUUGCUGUAUUGAGAUCUAAAGAUACAGGAGGAGAUGAUGAUGCUGAGAUAAAGCAGCAGCUAAGUAGUCUAUCAUAUGUUCGCAAAAUUGUUGAAACCCAGAUGCGGCGCUUGAGUGAGGGAACUGUUGAUACCGAUUCAACUGGAAUGCCAACGGGUAUUGAUUGGAAAGUUUUGACAGAACCUGGAGUGAAACUUUUUAGUUUACAUUUUGAUGUUGUACUUACUAAUAAUAUUGCUUUACAUUACUUUACUGAUUUUAUGACUUCAUUAACAGCUCAAGGUUAUGUCUUUUUUUAUCAUUCUGUAGAGAGUUAUAAAGUAUCAGCUGAACAAAUGCUUUCACAAAUCAAACAAACACAAACUUCUUCAUCUAGUGAUCUUGAAUGUUUACGAGAAGCUGCUAUGCACAUCUUUGAUCUUUAUUUAUCAGAAAAGGCUACUCUUAGAGUUCGAUUAGAUGAAUCUCUUUUAAAAAAGCUUUUAUGCAAAAUACGCACAGAAAUACCUAACAGUGCAUGGUUUGAUGAAGCACAGAUGAAGGUGUAUGAAAUAAUGCAAGAAGAUCAAUUCUUUCCAGCCUUUAAAAAAAGUCAAAACUACAUAAAGCUUUUAGCAGAACUAGAUCUUUUAAAAGAAGGAAAUACAAAAGCUGAGGAAGAUAAUGUUUUCUGCAGUCCUAAAUUAGGAAAUAAAGGGAGUCCUGAUGAUAUAUCUUUGUCAGACAGUAUUAGCCUUAACUCUCUUGACCAAGAGGACUAUGGGAUCGAUUAUCCUGUUUCAGAUACUUCUCAUACUCUUCUUCCUCCAACAGUAGAGGAAAUUAAUCCAGAAGAAUGCGAAAUUUCAGCUCAGAUCUAUAACACAGGAAUUACAAAUGAAUCUGGUUCUACAUUUGCUGUAUAUGCCAUUGCUGUCAUUCGUCGUGAUUCAAGUGGCUCUGAAGAUAAAUGGAAUGUUCUUAGGAGAUAUAGUGACUUUAGAGAUUUCCAUUUUGCGGUUCUUCAACAGUUCCCACAUCUGAACUAUUUGCAGUUUCCUGGAAAGAAAACUUUUAAUAAUCUAAGUCCUCAAUUUUUAGAAAAGCGCACAAGUCAGUUAUGUGAAUAUCUUCAGUGCCUGAUUAAUCCUGAAAUUAUGCAAAAGAAUGCUGGCUUAAAAACAAUUUUAUUGCAAUUUUUAGAACCAAAGGUAUAUGAAAAAGGAAGGAAACCACUGGCAAAAAAGGUUGAUGCAUUUGUAAAUCCUUUAUGUUCAUCAAUGAAGUCUGUUGGAAAUAUGGUUAAAACAGUACCUGACAGCUUUAUAGAUGGACUAAAAGAUGGUAUUGUGAAGGUCUUAGGGAGCCGUAGCACUUCUCCGAUUAACCAAACCUCUCCUGAAAGCUGUAAAGUGGCAGCUGGUCUAGAUAUAGAGGGUGAUGAUAACAUCCCACUUCGCAUUUUGUUACUGUUGAUGGAUGAAGUAUUUGAUUUAAAAAGUAAAGACCAGUGGUUCAGAAAAAGAAUAGUUAUACUUUUGAGGCAAAUUAUAAAUGCUACUUAUGGUGAUGCAAUAAAUCGGAAAAUUAUUGAUUUUGUGCAGAAGAGUACAUCUGCAGAACAAAUGGCUGAAUACAUAAAAGCAUUUAGGGAGGCGUUGUGGCCAAACGGAUCACCUGCAGUACCUACACCAGACAGAGAAAUCAAAACAAAAAUGAGAACAAGAGUAGCUGCUAAGUUGCUCAUGUUGUGUUCAAUACCAGAUGAACUGAAACAUGUAAUAGGUAGCGAGACUACUCGUAAAGGAAUCUUAUGCGUGUUUGAAAUGUUUCAACGUCCUGAAUUAAACCGGAGAUUUUCCUAUGUAAUUUUAGAGGGAAUACUUGAAAUUUUGUUCCCUAGGAAUAAUUUGCAAACAAUUAUUCGAAGAUUGCAUUGCAGGUCUCCACAAAGCAUAUUUGAUUCAGCAGAACACUUGCAAGUUAGUCCAGUCAUAGAAAGAAAAAAUUUAUCAGUUAGGUGACAAAAUACAGAUCAGUAUUAAGUAAAUCAAUACAUGUUUAAUGUAUAUAAUGUAUAUUAAAACUGUUACAUUUGCAGAUUUUAUGUAUGUGUUAUAGUCUAGAGCAAUGACUCUAAAAUACUUGAUUUGAAUUUAAUUAAUUGUGCAGCCUGAGAAGGAAUAGUUACUUUUGUGUUCAUAUAUUAAGUUAUUUAUAUAUUCACUUCAUGCAUAAUCCUCAUUUGCUAAAGAAAACUUCAAAUAAAUGUUUUCCACCAUUAUUAAUUUUCACAAAUUUCUGAUAAAAAGGUGUUUUGAUUUUAAUAUCUGGCUGUGUCAUAAAGUAACAUUAAGAGACAUUCUUCAAAUAGAAUUUUAAAUUGAUAAGUGAAUAGAUAGAUAGAAAUAACGUUAAAAAGUGUAGAAUUAAACUCAAGAAUUUAGUAUAUAU